AUGUCCGAAACAGGUCUCGAGCACAGCCAGGUAGACGUGGUUCAAAGCUCUGGAGACGAAGCUGAGAUUCGUUUCGUGACGAGCAAGCGUUCAGGGUACGUGGCGCGAGCGCAUCGAAACCCGCUAGCUAUUGGCGGCUUUGCAGUUCCGCUGAGUCCGAAACUUGUAACCUGGACUGGCGUCUUUCCGGGAGUAGCGAGUCCCAAGGUUCGUGUUGUUGACAUCGGAAGCGGAUACGGAGGACUGUUACUAUACCUAGCGACGCGUGUUGCCCCGGACUGUUGCGUGCUCGGCCUCGAGAUUCGCACUGCGGUAUGGCAACAGGCACACCAGAAGCUGCUCGAGCUUCGUUCCACUUGUGGAGCGUAUCGACGCGUUGCGUUUCUGCAUACAAACGCACAGCGAUAUCUUUGGAACUACAUCGAACGUGCAAGUUUGGACGCGCUUAUUUUUGCGUAUCCUGAUCCACACUUUAAACGGAAAAAGCACCGCCAACGAAUCAUCUCCAGGACCUUGUUGCCGCUCUAUGCGUACUUGCUUCGAAGAGGCGGCCGCAUCUAUACCUCUACUGACGUAGAAGCGCUCUAUGAAUGGAUGCAUGAUCGCUUCGAAGAGAGUGCACUUUUCGUGCGUAAAUGCCGCUUAAUCGAGCGUCACGGCAAAAGCCGAUAUAACCCAAACCGGGUUCCGGAAUCGAAGCCGAUAGAGGACUCGGACGAAGCCUCCAUUCAGUUCUUCAAGAACGAUCCCUAUGCCGCUGCGGUGCGGGACUGGACCGACGAGGGCCGUCGUGUAUCGCGUGUUCAGGGUGACAAGUUCCUGCUCGUGUACGAGAAAGUAUGA